UGUCUGGAAAAUGAUGUGCUUGGCCAGGGUCUACGUAGGAAGAAGGUGAUUGUUAACCUGUGAUCCUCAGAAUAUAGCAUUAGGAAAAACAGUGAGCUUAGUCGAGACUGGGGACUUAAAUUUUAUUUGUGACCAGGCUCUGUUUCUGUAACGUAGGGACCAUUUUAGUACCUCAACUAAUCUUUUCUUUUUGUCUUUCUCCCCUUACCCUGCUCCAGAUACCUGACAUCAUUGCAGAUCUGAAACCUCAGGCCCAGGUUCUUGUGAACAUAGCUGUCCUGUCGGCUACGUUUCAGUCGACUUGUUUGGCUCUCCUUUCCCUAAUCAUUUCUUCUGUGAUUACUGGGUCCCUGCUAAGGGAGUCUUUACUCAGUUUUUGAAUACUCAAGAGAUUGGUGCUUAGGGUUGGUACAGUAGGCUUCACUAGACUUAGCUGCAACUCAGAAUUUCUCCUCCAGCACCUGAGUAAAUGCUGAUGGUCUUGUGGAGAGUGGAUUAAGAGUACGAGCUAAGUUCUCAGUCCCAAUUGAGAAGCGGAGGAAAUGUAAACUGUCUCCUUCCAAGUUUAUCACAGCCACCACCAUCAAGACAGCAAAGCAAAGGACAAAGACUUUGAACUGCUGUGUUGCUCUGUGUAGUCCAGUGCACGCGUGGUUUACAGACUUGGCUGGGGUUACUAAUAAGUAAAUAAAAAGCUGGACGCUUCUGUCAUUCGGACAUUUCAUUCACCAGUUACCAGCAUGAGGGCUGUACUGGAGGCAGCAGACAUUGCCGUAGUGGCCCUGUAUUUUAUCCUGGUCAUGUGCAUUGGCUUUUUUGCCAUGUGGAAAUCUAAUAGAAGCACUGUGAGUGGAUACUUCCUGGCCGGGCGCUCUAUGACCUGGGUGGCGAUUGGUGCCUCUCUGUUUGUGAGCAAUAUUGGGAGUGAACACUUCAUUGGGCUGGCAGGAUCUGGAGCAGCGAGUGGAUUUGCAGUGGGCGCGUGGGAGUUCAAUGCCUUACUGCUCUUGCAACUUCUGGGAUGGGUUUUCAUCCCCAUUUACAUCCGCUCAGGGGUGUAUACCAUGCCUGAGUACUUGUCCAAGAGGUUCGGUGGCCAUAGGAUUCAGGUCUAUUUUGCAGCCUUGUCUCUGCUUCUCUAUAUCUUCACCAAGCUCUCAGUGGAUCUGUAUUCAGGUGCCCUCUUUAUCCAGGAGUCCUUGGGUUGGAACCUUUAUGUGUCUGUCAUCCUGCUCAUUGGCAUGACUGCUCUGCUGACUGUCACCGGAGGCCUUGUUGCAGUGAUCUACACAGACACUCUGCAGGCUCUGCUCAUGAUCAUUGGGGCGCUCACACUUAUGGUUAUUAGCAUGGUGAAGAUUGGAGGGUUUGAGGAAGUUAAGAGAAGGUACAUGUUGGCCUCACCUGAUGUUGCUUCCAUUUUGUUGAAGUACAACCUUUCCAACACAAAUGCUUGUAUGGUCCAUCCUAAGGCGAAUGCCCUAAAAAUGUUGAGAGAUCCAACAGAUGAAGAUGUUCCAUGGCCUGGAUUCAUUCUUGGGCAAACCCCAGCCUCGGUAUGGUACUGGUGUGCUGACCAAGUCAUCGUACAGAGGGUUCUAGCAGCCAAAAACAUUGCUCAUGCCAAAGGCUCCACUCUAAUGGCUGGCUUCUUGAAGCUUCUACCAAUGUUUAUCAUAGUUGUACCAGGAAUGAUUUCCAGGAUAGUGUUUGCUGAUGAGAUAGCUUGCAUCAACCCAGAACACUGCAUGCAAGUGUGUGGAAGCAGAGCUGGCUGCUCCAAUAUUGCUUACCCACGCCUGGUGAUGACCUUGGUUCCUGUGGGCCUUCGGGGCCUGAUGAUGGCAGUGAUGAUUGCAGCUCUGAUGAGUGACUUGGACUCCAUCUUUAACAGCGCCAGUACCAUAUUCACCCUCGAUGUGUACAAACUUAUCCGCAAGAGUACAAGUUCCCGGGAACUAAUGAUUGUGGGCAGGAUAUUUGUGGCUUUUAUGGUUGUCAUCAGCAUAGCGUGGGUGCCAAUUAUUGUGGAGAUGCAAGGAGGCCAAAUGUACCUUUACAUCCAGGAGGUGGCAGAUUAUCUGACCCCUCCCGUGGCAGCCCUCUUCCUUCUGGCAAUUUUCUGGAAACGCUGCAAUGAGCAAGGGGCUUUCUAUGGUGGAAUGGCAGGCUUUGUUCUUGGAGCUGUCCGUUUGAUACUGGCUUUUACCUACCGUGCUCCUGAGUGUGACCAACCUGAUAACAGGCCAGGCUUCAUCAAAGACAUCCAUUAUAUGUACGUGGCUACGGCAUUAUUUUGGAUCACAGGACUCAUUACUGUGAUUGUCAGUCUUCUCACACCACCUCCCACAAAGGAUCAGAUUCGUACCACUACCUUUUGGUCAAAGAAGACCCUGGUGACAAAGGAGAGCUGUUCUCAGAAAGAAGAACCAUACAAAAUGCAAGAGAAGAGCAUGCUGCAGUGCAGUGAGAAUAGCGAAGUCAUCAGCCAUACUAUUCCCAACGGGAAGUCUGAAGACAGCAUUAAGGGACUGCAACCUGAAGACGUUAAUCUGCUGGUGACAUGCCGAGAAGAGGGCAACCCAGUGGCUUCCAUGGGUCAUUCAGAGGCAGAAACACCAGUAGAUGCUUAUUCCAAUGGGCAAGCAGCUCUCAUGGGUGAGAGAGAAAGAGAGAAGGAAACGGAAAAUAGAAGCCGGUAUUGGAAGUUCAUAGACUGGUUUUGUGGCUUUAAGAGUAAAAGCCUUAGCAAGAGGAGCCUCAGAGACUUGAUGGAUGAGGAGGCUGUGUGUUUACAAAUGUUAGAAGAGACUCCACAAGUUAAAGUGAUACUUAACAUUGGACUUUUUGCUGUGUGUUCACUUGGAAUUUUCAUGUUUGUUUAUUUCUCCUUAUGAACUUAAGGAUAUGGUGAGACACUUAAGAGAAAAUACUGGUUUUUGAAAACAAAAAUGUAACUGUUGCACCUCUCAGGCAUUGUUUACGCUGAAGGUUUUAGCCAAAUUCUCCUUAGCAGAAAAAUCAUCUGUUUGUAAGACUGUUUCCCCAGAGAUGGGGAAAGUAAAUCUUCAGCUUACAUGAAACAGAGCAGAGUGAAUCUUGCAAAAAAGGUGGUUUCAGAGUUUUCUGUACCAAAGUAAGGAGAGAGCAAUUAUUCUCGUGUAUCACUUAGGACAGAACAUGGGCUAAGGUAUCGUGAGUAAAGUGUCUGUCUACAUUGCCAAGGCUUGGUAGACCCUACGUUGAAGGAAAUUUGCUCAUUUAUAAAGGUUUUUGUCUCUAAACCCUGCUACAGUUAAAAAAUGAAUUUGUAGAGACUGUAUGAUUAGUUAGGUCCUGAAAGUCUAAUGUGUUGUGUAGUAAUGACUUGAGGACAACUUUGUGUGUGUGUGGUUGGUCAUUAGCAUGAGUCUAUGGAUUCUGCUUGCCAAGAGAAAGGAAGAGUGUUUCCCUGCAGGUCCUUUUGUACUGCUUGUGUGGAAAUGUUAGCAGCCGUGUGGAGCACACUUGGUUCCAUCUCCUCCCUCUCCUUUUUUCCUACCUAAACCGAACCAUACUCCGCUGACUUUUUAAUUUUGCUUUUAAUUAGGGGGGAAGUAAAUACUGCUGAUGAUCCCCACAUUUAUUGAUCAGAUAAGAAUAUUUUAAAAUAUAGUUUGAGAAUUAUCACCUACCAGGCAAUGACUGAUAUGUAAUGCUAAGUAGAUGAUGAAUCAUUGUUUUUACCUGCUUUCUAGCUGCUUCCUUGUCAUUUUAUUAACAUUCCUUAUUUGCCAAAUGCCUUCCCAAAUGGGUCCAAUCGUAAGAUGUUCAGUAUUGUGGAGGAGAGUCAACACUACUUUUGUGCUGGGGUUGGCACUUGCUUAGCUUGUGAAACAUUGUUGUUAAGUUUUAGAGGAACAGUCUUAAGUCUGAUAUUCUACUACAUUCCUUAUAAGUUCUCUUCCUUGUUUCUGUCUUUUUUGAAGGCUUGCUAUGUAUAUACAUAGAUGCUGUUACAGUCAGUUAGCACAUGAGUAUGUUUCAUUAUGAACUGGCUGUCAGUCAUAGAACACUUGGCAGUCUUACUGUUGAUGAGAGUAGGUUUUCUGUAGGAUGGCCUGCAUGUUCCUCGGUUGCCACGAACAGGGACUUUAGGGUUUAGCAGUGUGCUUGUGGGGGAUAUCACACUUGUGGAGGACUCUUAAUAUUGACCUUAUCUUAGCUUGGUAUCCAAUUGCCACAUCCAUGGGCAGCAGAUCUUUUUUUGUAGGCUGUUUCUCCUUAUUGAACAUAGUGCAGAAGGAAUUCGAGAAAAAUCCUAGGGAUGAUGUGUGUAGUCCUAUGUCUUCAUCACUGCCUCUUCUCCAUUAGAGAUGAAGAAAGCAAAUUCUGUAUCUACUUUCUUUAAGCUGAUAACUUUUUAAAUUGCAUGACUUUUAUGAAGCCUUGUACUUAAGGAGAAUUACUACUUUUAUAGAUCAUUUUAUAGCUUUUCAAUCAAACUCAGUCCUGAUAACCAAAACGAAACAAUAACUUUCCUUGUUUUUUUUUUUUUUGUAAUGCAUCGACUUGUUUGCAGAUGAUGGACUUCACGAGUCCAGUGCUGUUAGGGAUCACAGAUUGUCACACACAGUCUUCCUAUCUUCUGGAGGGUUUCUGAGGGACUGAGUCUGGAAAUUUAAAGAAGUCAUCUAUGUAUGAAUAGCAUGCAUUUCUGAAGAACUUAGAGUGCCUUGUACAAUUUUUCUCUUAGUUUCUAUUUUGCGGUUUAUAACCCGGAGCCAAGUAGAUAGGGGCCAUCCUUCCCUUGAAUGGAAAGUUGAGUCAGUUCUCCAAAUGUGGACUGCGAGUCUGCCCAUGUGUUUGGAUGGAUUAUCUGUGCUUUGUCGCUGUCUUCUCUUAAACAAUUCUUUUUAGAUAACCUUUCAGUCUUUGAGAAAGUUACAGAAUAUUGGGUUGUCCAAAUUUGGAUUAAGUUGUAGGAAUUAACAUUUCCUUUGAACACAUUCCUAUGCAAGUUCGCAGACACUGACACAUUGGCCAAGUGGGCUUCCUCAUCCUUGUAUGUAUAGCAUAAGUGAAUAGGAGGUGUUUAUGUGAAUUUCUCCCUUUUAUUUAGUGCUGAGUCCUAAUAAUUUGGAAUGCUAGAGUCCUCUUACCCCUUUUUUGUUGACUUAUAGUAAGAUACAUAAUGUAUACCGUAAUGUGUCUAUCUGUGUGUAAAUAGCUGUAGGUCAAGUGUAGAGAACUAAUGCUCAUAAAUAAGGAAUAACUUAGCAUAUGCAUUCGAUGUGUGUUCUUACCACUGUGAACAUCGCUUUAUUUAGUGUGAAGUUUCUAAAGCUUGUCUUCCUCACUGCUUCCCAGUGAUAGAUCCUGUGCUUGAAUGUGUAUGCGACGGCAGCCUCAUUUCAAGGGGCCAGCCUUCAGCCUUUAUAGGGCAUUACAGUGGUUGUUCUUGGGAUGAUGCCUGAUUUUAGACUAGCAAAAUGUUCAUCCUUCACGUGCAUAUGAGUCCUAAAAGAUGGCAUGGAUCUGUAGACAUUUACACAUGUGUUUUUGUGUUUAUCUAAGCUAAGCUUUGGAAUUGACCAAGAUUACAUUGACUAAAAUAGUGAUUGAAAGUAACCGUGAGGUAGGUGAGGCUGCUGGUCUACAGAGGUAGGUGAGAAGUAGUUCUCUUCUGAGUGAUAGAUAGCCAAGCUUCUAGAUGCUUGUCUUCCCAGGCAGUUCUUGCUUGGAUCCGGAAAGAAGGGUUUUUAAAUUUAAUUUUAUUUUUAAUUUUAAUUUUCCUUUGCGCCAGUGGCUGGGACAAUGAUUGAUGGCUCUUCUGUGGGGUUUCAGGUUUCUCUUUCUCUCAGAAGAUUGUGUCCUGCCAUCCCAAGAAUAAACAACUGGGCUGCUCUCUCCUGGCUGUUCUUCUAGGAAGUGAUUGCUUUUGUUUAUAGAGAAACAUCAGGCAAUAGCAGCUGCCUUUGUCUCAGAUUGAGCGAUCUCAUCUCCAGGGCUUCCUUUCACCAGCUCGAAGGAUCCACUGUCUUGCACAGAGAGGCUGACCUGGGUAGUCUAUCCAUGACUCUUAUGGCUGUCACCAUAAGAAGUGGUCAGAGAUUCUUUGUGAAACUUCCCAUUUAAGGACAGAUCAGUGGAGUUAUGAGUUCUCUGAGUGAGGUUAAAAGCCUUGUCCAGGGUCGCUAUGAAUCCUUCAAUUCCUACAUCAGGAGUCUUUCUUAUUCCGGGUGCGUGGCCUUCUCAUCUCCAAGUACCAUUUAGUGUAAUCUACAGGUGAGCCUUAUUUUCCACCAGAUAAAUACGCUUUGUCAUUGCUCAGUAACGAAUUAGGUCUAAUGGCUUCCUCCCUCAUGCCUCACUCCCUUGCACGGCUCCUUUUGGAGGUGUGAGUGGAAAGGGACCACAUAGGUUUCUAGAAGGAAACAUGUCACCAUUCUCUAGGUUUACGUUGAAAGAUUUGCACAAGACCAUUCCUGUUGAAUUAUGUGACUGUAGAGCCUUCCUUGUUUGUGCACAGAUGUUCUAAGAAGUAAUAAUAAAAGCAAAAUUUCAAGAUGUGACAAAUCCCCGUGAGAUCCAGAUAUGAACAGCAGGGGCUGGAGAGAUGGCUAAGAGUACUGCUCUUCCCAAGGACCUGGGUUCAGUUCCCAGCACCCACAUGGCAGUUCUUAACUGUCUGUAAUUCUAGUUUCAGAGGAUCUGACACCCUCGCACAGACAUCCAUGGAGGCAGAACCCACUGUAUAUAAAGUGAAACAAAACAAACUGUAAAGGUGUAGAGUCACAUUCUUUAAAUCCCAGAACCUUGAAGCAUCUGGGCUGUCAGCUGGCGCAAGCCCCUCUCCAGGAGUAAGGUCCAGCCUGCUAACUUCUAGUUUAAUGUUAAGCAGGAGAAACAGCUGUUAACAGAAGAGAGGCUAAAGUGGCUGAUACCUAGUAUUGAUAGUUUAGUAAAAUGAAGCUUUUAGGCUUCGUUUUCUGUAGGCUUGCUCAUGUCCUAAGCAGAGUUUCCAAGCUCUGUUCUGGUUCUCUUGUCUCCAUUGCUCCGUAGCCUGCCCUUUAUUUCAGUAUUUUCUGAUCUCUUGCGUAGUGCUUGGUUUAUCUCACAUACUGUCUUGAUGUACCAAAGUCUUCCUUUACCCCAGGACUGAGGACUUAUAACCAAAUAAUGAGUUAAACAGUUAACUUUUAAACCUAUUAAACCUAUAGUAGCUUACAAUGUUAUUGGGAAUAAAUGUUUGCAGAAACACUUUCUCAGAUUUGUAUUGGUUAAUAGUAAAGCACUAGUGUUGUGGGCAGGAAACAGUCGGCGGUGAGUUCUCACAGAACUUGCUUGGAGAUGAUGGUGCCGGCCACGUGAUGCAGAAAGAGCAAUUUUUUUUUUUUUUUUUUUUUUUUUGCCAUGAGGGUAAAGGUUUGAUUUAGUUGCUAUAAAGAGAAACACUUGUGCCGCAUAAGCAGUGCCGGACUGAGACCUUUCUCAUGAAGACCAUCUCUUGAUGUGGUACUGUUCCGUUGCACUGUCUUGCACACUGUAGCUGCUCAGCUAGCUGCUUUGACUCCUAGGAGUGACGUGAGCAGAGGUUCUGUGUAAGAGCGUCACUCGUGCCAAGUCCCACACUUCAUCAUGGGCUUCAGGUAAAGUUCUCACUCUCCUGUGCUGGCAAUAAGGCUUUACUACUGACUGAUCUUGUAACAAUGUUGUGAAAUUGAUCAUUCGUGUUUCUGUCUCUGCCCCUUUAUAAAAGGUAAGGUUUAGUUUGAAUGUAAGCCGCUCACUUUUCUGGCAGCCAGCAGCCGUUGGCCUGUAGCCUUUUUCUCAGAAACAAAGAAAAGAUGUGCUGUGUGUCUUUACUCUUCAGCAGUGCAUUGUGCAUGUGCUGCAGAAGGUCUGCUUCUUCUGUGUGUAGAGGAGUGGUUUUCUGUGCCAGGAACGGAGCUCCUCGCUGGCACACACACACACCCCACACCCCACCCUUGUUUCAUGCCCAGCAGUGUGUGUCUAGGGAAAUGCUAGUGAUUUUCCUGACAGCACAAGUUGACAGUGUACCCACAGCGUAAAUAGAUGAAUUCACCCUACUUUCCUAGUGCUGCUAGAUAUAUAAAUUUAUAUAUAAAUAACACACAUACAUUUAAUGUUCAAUUUAUCAAUAUAGCCUAGGCUUCUGAAAAUAGAAUGCUAUUAGUAACUUUUGUGUGCAUGUGGGUGCGUGCGUAAAUUGGAGAUGAAGAAUUGGGCUCAUUGAAAUCUUUAAAUGGCAGAUGCUGGUAUACAAGGUUUUCUGUAGUAUAAUCAAGUUUUGAGAUUUGUGUUUGGGUUGGUGCCUUCUGCUUGCCAGCAUUGAUGCGCUAGUUCACACUUGUCCCUUUCUUAGUAGUAAGCUUUCUCUGUUUUUAAACUUGCAGCUAGUGAGGGAGACUAGUACAAAGUGCACAUUUCUAGACUUUUAUGCAGUCUUUUGGUUCAAGGAAACAAGGCAGUUGAGUAUCUGUAUUAAUGUUAUUUAUUCAUCUUUAUUUGCUUUUAUAUCUAUAAUUAAAAUUUAAAGUGACAUUAUAAGUUCGUAUCCAUUUUAACUUCAAUAUAGGUUUGUUAAGGGCAUCUGAAGAACAAUAGUUCAUAUUUCCAUGUGUGAGUAGAGGCUAGAGGUCCAUUGAAAGCACAAAACCGUGUUCAUGAGUGUGUGUUUCCACUUGUGAAAAGCACAAAACUUAAUAGCAUUCUUACUAACCCACAAGUGCCAGUCAUAAACCCACCCAGGCUUUGUCCCAAGUUGUUAGGAAGAUCACAGCCCAGAAAGCCUAGGUGGUGAGCCCACUGUCACAGCCCAGUCCUCAGUGAGAUCCUCUGUCUGUAUGGCUUUGAUGGAGAGAGCGAGGCCUGGUGGGCAGAGUAGGUGGCAGCUUUGUAAGUUGUAGUAAUGUGAACAGUUAAAAAAAAUCUCAUCUAGAAGAGAUGUUACUUGUCACCAGUACUCUAAAUACAUGAAAAUAUUCACAUUAAAUAGUGCAAGUAUUAUAUUGAUUUAUAUAGUUUAUAUAAGAUGACAUUACCUUUGUUUUCUUUAUGUGCCUAACUAUACUUUUUAGUAAAAAGUUGGAUCUCUGUGUUCUGAACAUCAAACUAUUUCUGGAUAGAUUCAACAUGACACUGCUUUUCACAGUGGCACUAAAGCUUUUAAUCUGUUCCGUUAACUCCUAGACUAGAUGACUGGAAAACUGUAGGUGUGCACGCAGAAAUGAAGAUGGCAUCUCUUCCCACUCAGCAUUGCCUUCCUCCUUGUUUUCCUUACCUCCAGAUAGUCCCAUGUUUACCAGGAGUGAGAAUGAGCCCUGUUGGCUUCUGUCUACAUUGUAAGAUGCAGCCCUCAGAAAAGAGAGUGCCUCUUCUGCUUGGAUACUUUUCUUCUUAGGAAGAGGCUUGGUAACCUCUAACAAAGAUCUUAGAGGGCAUAGACCAGUGUUGCUGAGAGAGAGAGAGAGAGAGAGAGAGAGAGAGACAGACAGACAGAUCAACAAGGUCUUAGUAUAUGAUACGUCUUAGAAGAGUUCACAUGAACACUGAUGGACAGAUUUUUCCCCUCCAGCAACAAGCUAGACGUGUGGACCCAUAACAGACUUUUACAGCAGGUAACCUGCAGGUUGCAGUGUGGGGGUGGGAGCUGAGGGGAGGAGUGUGUGAGGAGUGUCCUUGGCUUAGCAAUGUGUGACAGUGUAGAGCAGUUAACCUUUCAGGCCUGAAGACUGUAUUCUGUACCUUUAAGGGUUUAUUACAACUUUAUGAAAUACUUGUUAAAAUUUCUUUGGCAGAAAUGUUUUUCAUGGAAAACCGCUUUAGUUAGACUAAGUGAAAUGUAGUUAUAGCAGUGUAAAUAUGUAUAAUUUCCUAAUUUCACUGUGAGAUCUCAGACUUUUGAGUGGCAAACAGAUCACCGAGUCUUUUGCUGAUGGACUUGUCUGUGGGGUUAGUAAGAUGUAAACACUUUAUUUUGACCGACUGUGGUGGUGGGCAUGAUGGUAUGGAGCCAUUACUCCACUGCCCUUGUUGGUUUUGCUUCAGUUUGAGGGCCUGCAAAGUUCAGACCCAGCAGGGCUUCCUGUCCCUUGCUCAGCUGCCUUUCUUUGUCUGGAACGGUUGCUAAUCACCAUAUGAACUCUUAGGCUUUUCUGCUUUGCUUUGUUGUUAUUUUGUUCUUUUCCUUUUUUGACAAGAUGGAUAUCAAAAAUAGUUGCUGUGCAAAAGUUAGUAGUCUUCUUCAAGAAGAAAACAGUUCCUUUUCUAAUGCUAUCCUGUGAAAUUGCUUCACUCAUUCCUUUAUUUUAAAGCCAAAUGUCAGCAGAAUACUGCUGUUUUUAUCUAAAUAAUUUUGAUAUGUAAGUAUUAAUGCAUUUAAAAAGAUGUCUGCGUUGAGAAAUAUUUCACCAGUGUACUGCCUGUGAAAACUUUGUUCAGAUUUCUGGGAAAGACACCAGUCGGUAUACUGGGGCUGCACAUUACAUACAUGUAUUAUUUUAGUCAGGUAUUGUUUUAGACCAAGCCUGGUUAUAAUAGAGUAGACUAACACUAGUUUGUUAUCAGUUAAUUUUUAAUUAUUUCCAGUUUACUCUCUGUUGUCCUCAUACUCUUCUCGUUUUCAGAUCUCACUAAUCGGGUCCAUUUCAUUGUGUAAGGCUUCAGUUUCAAAGAAAAUAGAAUUUGAUAUAAGCCAGGUUACUUCCAUCUUGAAAGGAAAACAAUUAAAACUGUAGAUUUAAAAUGGUUAAUUAUCUGUGACAAUUUUAGCCUAUUCUGUAUACAACUGAUUUUUAAAACUGUAGACUGUGUUAAGUGUUGCUGUUGUUUAAAAAUGGGGAAAAAAACCUGAAGCAAAUCUGCUUAAAGAGCUGUUGGUUCUCAUUGCUGACCACAAACACUAUGUUCGUGUGUACUCGUGUUAUUUUGCAAGCUGCUACAUUAGCCUGCAGAAGUAUUUGAAAAUUUAAGAUGAAUAUAUUUCUUGCAAAGUCCGUUCCUUUCUGUGGUAUCUUGUCCUUGUAACUGAAGUGUAGUAAUUAUUUUAUGGAAAUGUUAGAACUUCUGUACCAACUUUGAAUAAAAUGAAAACUUUACACUUCUGUGCCUCAGUGUGAAUAUCUGUCCCAAACUCAGUGUUCUGUGUCUUAGUUGAACAAGUCAUACUUUACUUAAGUUCUUAUAGACUUGACUCUCAAGUGCUUUCAGAAACCCCCGUGCUGGUGUUGAUAUAUUAACCAUUGUGAACUAUGUAAAACAUGGAAUAAGAAUAUUCUUGGAUUUUCCCUUAUGACUGGAGUUUGGAGAAGACACGGGAGUGUGGGCAUGUCUUCCCUCCUGGUGGAGCUGCUCCUGGCACCUUGGCCUGCAGAUGCACAGCUUCUUGCUCACAUGCCCCCUUUAGUUCUUGGUGCCUUUUUAUGACAAGAACAAUCAAUCAUAAUUAGUGUAAAAAGCCAGAAAGUAACAUUGAGUGGUUUUAGUCCAAAGAUUUGAGGUGUUGUUGGUUAGCUCAUUAAAGAGAAGUCUUACAGCGGUCUGGUGUUACAUUUAGCUCUGUGCCCUUUGUUUCCCUUAAUCUGGGACAAACUCCUGCUCCCCAGCCCCAUGUUUGAGAUCUGUGACUGUGACUGUCUCACAACGUGGGACCAUUUUAUUUCCUAGUGAUUAGACUGUACGUUUGGGGAGGGAAUACAACAUAAUGGUAGUAUGUUCUCAGAACUUACACUAGUGGUCUGUUGUUGUUAUCCCAUUAUGGUUGAAAUUAAUCUGAAUACUUGGUUAUUUUUUCUUCUGAUAGUUUGUGAGGUAAUUUAAGGCUAUAAAAGCACUUACUAUUCUCCAUCAAACAGAGCACAUUGUUUUGAGCAUCUACAUGAACUUUUUGUUUAAGUUGUAACUAACAGUACAAAAUGCUUAUCUUCCUCAUCAGUGUGUACUCUGAGUUAGUUUAUUCAAUAACUCAUAGGCUACUGUUGUUGUUGUUCAUGUGUUUCCAGAUUUAGCUAGUGGGACCUUCAGGAAAGUUUGUGUGUUCUUUUGACACGGUUCUGUCAGUGUUUGAAGUACCUAUUUCUAGUAUACCAGAGUGUUCUAGGUUCAUUGUGUUCUUUCUCUGUCCCAGUUGCAUCAAGUAUUUGGUAGAAAAUGGUCUGCAUAUGCUCGCUCAUUGCUGUAGGAGAAUGGCGCAUCUCAUCUUAU